CUGUUGCGUCCCUGAACCCGGCGCUUCGUCACCACUGAUCCUGUCUUUUCAUCGGCUCCUUUGGACCCUCCUCUGCUCUCGUUUCGACGGCUCCCUCUCUGUCUCUCCACCAACUGAUCUUGUCUCACCCGGCCAUUUCCUCCCGGCUCCACUCCUCGACUUUCAUCGCCUGCGUCUCUCUUUGCACACAUCUGUACCAAUUCCAUGCCCGGCAGCAUUGAUUUUACCGCUCGGUACAUCGGAUGCUACUUCUACCAGUAUGACGACCCCACCAGCGAUCCAACAGACGAUUCACCGGACGUCCCUGCAAGCACAUCCAUCCUGGCCCCGACAACUGCUGCGACAGCAACCACAUCCACCACAGCCGACCCGCCCGCUCCGUUCGCCACAUCGGCGCCGCUGGACACUCCCCGCGACUGUCUGAUUUGGUGCUACAACGGCAAGUCCAACAACUACGCCAUCUAUGCCUCGGGCGCUUGCGCUUGCUUCAAAAAGUUCAGCGCCCGGCCCUAUUCGCCGUCGGCGAACCUCGACUCGGACUGCCCCUAUGAGGGCGACUAUCGGACUGGAGGAACAUAUAAUGCAACUGGCUCUUACUACUUUUCCCUCUACGCCGUCCGUGUCAACGGCAACCCCAUCACAACCACCCAGCCUCCCUUGGUCAUGCCCACAACCACAACCAAUCUUACGCUCCCGGCUACAUCAUCAACGCCCGCUGCCACCGCCUUGUCCACCACCACUAGUUCCACCAGCCCGGUCCCGCUGACAUCAUCGCCGACGUCCGGAAACGCUCUCAACUCGGCUUCCAGCUCCAGCUUGAGCCAGUUCAUCUGGGUCCUGCUGGCCUCUGUGGGCCUGAUCUCCAUGGGCGUUGUUCUCAUUGUGUGCAGCCUGUGCAUUUCGUCCCGGCGGGAUCGCCGGGCCGUCUCCAACAAUUCCAAGGGAUCACGCGGCCCAAGGGUGGCAAGAGCCUCUUCAAACUCGUCUCUUCGGUCGAUUCUGGAGCCGCAGCGCCUGUCGAGCAUCAAUCCCCAGCGCCGCGGCCCUGAAGCCCCCGCGCGGGCCACAGUGUCUGGCCGAUACGGCUCCAUGUCGCACCAUGUUUCGCACCAUGUUUCGCAUCAGACAUAUCAGUCUCGACAUCCAGGCAGCGCCUCCAAUCCACCCGGCCCUGCCAAGUCGGCCUCGGCGGAGGCGCUCUGCCAGUGCACCGGCGAUCUCCUCUCGGAAACGAACCCUUGCGCCUCCUGUCGGGAGCAGGUCUUGGCAUCUGCCGACCAGCUGGUUCUCAAGGCCGCUCCUCGCCGAGACUCGUUGCAGCAGCAUCCCGGCAUCGUAUUCGACUACGGCUCGCUGGGUCUGCUGCAGGCAGGACGGGCGCCGUACCAGGAGCAUCUGCCUCCGGCCAUCUCCAGCGACUCUGCGAGCUCCCUCGACCAAUUGCCGUUCAUUCUCCCCGGCGAUGAAAUCCUCGUGCAUCCGCAUCUCUUCCCGGCCUUGGAUGCCCAUGCGAGCAACCCGGACUCCCGUCCAGGACCCCUCAACGCCGCCCCGACGAUACACAGUGGAUCGAGAGAUGCCGCGGGUGUCCAGCCCGUUGGCCUGGAACUGCUGGAUAUGGGCCCAAAGUUCGAGACCGACUUCACCGGACUCGCCGCUGCCGCCACAGCCAAUACCACUGCAACUACCGCCGCAGCUAGCACUAGCACUAGCACAGCUACGGCCACAGCUACGGCCAUAGCUACGGCCACCGCGGCCAUCACCACUGCCCCGCACUUCAGCAUCGACGACACUACACAAACCGUCACGGUCCGAAUAUCACCGCCGCAGUCCCGGAGCGAAACCGAGUCCAACAAGCAGAGCACAUCGUCCGGAUCGUCGCAGCCUGCCGGUCCGCCGCCCGGCGCCCCUGUUCUCCAGAACAUCUCGACGCCGCUUUUUCAGGGCGGGUCCGGCAGCAACGGGCAACUCCAGCACCCCGAUGCUGGGCUGACGGAUACGAUCAUCCGGGCAUUUUCUGCACCCUCGUCGGUGACGGGCGAGAGCACCAUUCCCUCGGCCCCAAGCACCCCUUUCAUGACCCCAAGCGUGGGGCACACGUCCACGCCGAGCCUGCCAACUUCACCCUCACCCAUCCACCCGUCGCUGCUGCCCACACCCAUGCUCAGCGACGCCAGCCUGACGUCGUCGCCACCAGCGUCGACGAGCGAGUCAUUAUUGCCGCAUCCUGUGUCGUCACCCACGAGUGCCUCUCGCUUUCCAUCACCGACGCAACCCUCUAUGACCUCGACCGCAAUGGCACCAAACGCACCUGGAUCGAUAGCAUUGGCCACCCAAACGUCGACGCAAGCCGAUCCUGCCCACUCUCGGCCAGUCUCAUCCGAGCCACCGGUGUCUAAUUCCCUGGGUGGAGGCUUGGAUGUGGCCGAUUCCCAGCAGCGAGUCGUGGUGCUGUUGGGCAAGGUCGUCUAUCCGUACUCUGCACGGGCGAGCGACGAGAUCGACCUGGCCAUCGGCGACCUCGUUGCCAUCUACCACCAGUUUUCGGAUGGAUAUUGCUUUGGUAUUAAUGAGACGUCGAAAAGAUCUGGCAUCUUUCCCCUCUCUUUCAUCAGCCUCAAGGCCAAAAUGUCCCUCUAGAUCCCGCCCGUGUGCGGUUUCCACCCCCCUUGUACCUGUCGUUUCCUGAUCGCCCUCUCUGAUGGCCAAGCCUCCCCCUCCUCCACAUACUCGAUUCCCUGCGUCUGUGCUGCCUGUUCUGCCUGCUCUGCCUGCCCUUGCCACUACACUGCCGCCUGCUCAUAAUACAAAUCUACUCGGACAGCGAAGGCGCACUCUCUUUCGAGC